CUUGUGGGUUCAAGAAGGCUCACGUCACCGUCGAUUUUGGUGGGGCGGCGGGCGCGCUUGUCAGUUUCUGCCUUCACUGACGGCCAGUGAACGAAGCAAAGUUGCAGAUGAGCACCCGUGUGAGGUACCUAGUUUUGGAAGAGCAUUCUCAUAUGGUUGGGAAGGGGACGCAGCCAAUAGCAUUGACAAGGUUAUCUGCAUACAACCUCAACACGCCUCCAACUCUGAAAGCUUUUGACAGAGCCAGCGCGCACAUUCUGGUGCAGAGAUGACAAGUCACAUCGGCACUUUCUGUUCCGCAGCAGCUCCCAAUGCUGUUUCUUUCAACUCGGCCACUAAUUGGCCAUCACAGUCCUUAUGUAUCAUUUCUGCUCAAAGUUGCUGCUAUCCAGCAUUGCAAUGUAUCUUUGACCACCGCGUCAAUAAAAGCUGCCAGCAGAAUGCCGCUAGCAAGAGAUUGAAUUCAAUCACCGCACAGGCGCUCCCAGAGAGAGGUGGGCGUAAGCGCAGGGACGACGCAAGCAUUCCGGUGACGGAAGAAUUGGCCGACACCUCGACUCUUAGCUCACAAUUGGCGGGCCUUGGCAGCCGGCGGCGGCGGCGGCAGCCUAUUUUUGAUGAGGAAGAAACCCCCUCAGUCACGCCCAGCCAAGCUGUCAGAGACACGCAAGUCUCAGAGGCAAACGCAGAAUCUCUCAGGAAUAGCAGGACGGAAAGCACGAGAGCGUAUCAACCAUCGGAGGCUGUUCGAAUGGAAACAAAUGGAGCUGCAGCGGAGAACAUUUCAGUUUCGGGCGAUGGGUGGUGGCCGGACGUGGCAAAUCUUGGACGCGCUCUGGAGUCGCUGACGGGGCUUGUGAGCGGCCCUGGUCCCGGGGACACUGAGCUGGUCCAGGCGCUGCUGGCGGUCAGCUGGAAGAUGCAGGUCCGCAGCUUACAAAACGCUGUCGAAACGGCUCAGGACGCGGCAACCCGGGUGCAAAACCUGCUGACACCUGUCGCCCCAGGGCUGCCCCCAGGACCGUCAGGGGACGCAGCACUAGCGAUGGCGGGGGAUCCCCUCAGGUUUAUCGAGGACACGACGAGGCAGUACGGGGGCUUUGCGGGGUUCAAGUUGGCGGGGGAGAAUGUUGUGUUGGUCAGUGACCCGAAGCUCGCUAAAGAGAUUAUGAUCGACCAGUCCUCCAUCUUCAUCAAGUCCGGAACGGCCCUGUUCCCUGGGAGCAGCCUGGCCGGGAAUGGCCUCUUAGUCAGCGACGGCGACGUCUGGAAGCGGCAGCGGAGGCUGUCCAACCCCGCAUUUCGACGAGCCGCAGUGGACACGUAUGGCAAAGCUAUGGUCGACCUUACAAACGAGAUGCUCGACUCCGAGUGGCGGCCUCCAGCGAAUCGGGACCUGUUCGAGGACUUCAAGCUACUGACACUUCGCAUUGUGGUUAGCGCACUGUUUGGAAAUAGUGGAAAGGAGGGCAUGGAGGAGGUCGUGCCGGCAAUCACUGCGGCAUUUGAGUUUUUUCAGCGGCGAGCGACGAGCAUGCUAAUAGUUCCCGAAUGGUUCCCCACCCCCGAUAACGUCCAGUACACUCUUUCCGUGGAGAAACUAGACCGAGCGAUCUACCGGCUCAUAAACGACCGGCGAAAGCUGUUAGCGUCCGCAAGCAAAGGGGAUGCAGGGACUGAAGGCAGGUUCCGAGAUCUGCUGACGCAGUAUCUGCAAGUCCGAGACGACGACGGCACCGCCAUGGACGACCAGAGCCUGCGCGACGAACUGAUGACGCUCAUGAUUGCGGGCCAGGAGACGUCAGCAAUCCUGCUGAGCUGGGCGUGCCUGUUCCUAGCGCAGCAUCCGCACAUGCAGGAGCGCAUCGCGAAGGAGGUCGAUGACGUGGUUGGCGGUGCUGACGUCAGCAGUGCGCACGCGGGGAAGCUCAAGUACACGGAAGCCGUAGUUCUGGAGACCAUGCGGCUGACGCCCCCCGCUUGGAUUAUCGGGCGGUGCGCGUGCGCGGCGACGCGGCUGGGGGGGUACGAUCUACCGGCCAAAACGACGGCGCUCAUCAGUUUGUACAAUUUGCACCGAGACCCCAAGCACUGGCCCCGGGCGGAGAGCUUUGAUCCGGAUCGGUGGCUCCCUGGCGGGGACGCCAAGCCGCCCAAAGACAACGAGUCGUAUUGGCCUUACGGCGCGGGGCCCCGGGUGUGCAUCGGGGAAGGCUUCGCGAUGAUGGAAGGCAUUCUGGUUCUGGCGACCAUCUUCCGACGACGGAAACUGGCCGUUCCGUCCGGAGGGCGGAUCGCGCAGCCGCAGCCUGUCAUUACUCUCCGACCGGACGGACCUGUGACUUUGAACAUCUCUUCGAGAUGACUCCUCCCUUGAUUGAGAUUCAAUAUACGUGUACUAAGCGGAACUUUCCUGAAAAGAGGUUGUAAAAAAGGUAUGGCAGGAAUCUGCAUUCCGGAAGUGAGCAGGGGGGCGAGGUUACUGUUGGAUCCCUUCAAACAACACCUGAGGCGUUGACGGCUUCUGUGUCGAUCUGUAUGUGCGUCAGCGCAAUGGAAGCGGAAGAUGGAGAACCGAAUUCGCCAGGGGUCUGUUACUUCGGUCAACCGUAAACGUCGCUGCUAUGGCACUGGGUGCAGUAACGCAUUUUUGGGCGAUGCGCACUGGAGUCGCUUCAUGCGCUUAUCAAUUGCAGUGAUCCC